GUGUAGAAUUACGAACGAGACGCCUGGAAAGAACCAAAUCGAGGGAAUACCCAGCAGCCAAUACGAGUCUCGAGGAUUCGAACUUCAAACAGCAGGCGAAGACACGUGAGAAGAUGCGUGAAUUACGAUGCUCGUUGGAAACUUCUCGCAUUCGACGCGAAGGAGCAAAGGUCAGGGUUAUCGAAUGGAUGGAUGCGCCCCGGUGACCGUAGUUUUUCCCAGGAAACCGAUGGAAAACGCGGGGAAACCCUCCGGACGAGGUCGACUCGCACCAGUUCUCGAGCCAUCGAUCUGCUUCUUAACAGAAUUUUCGCUACAAACAGAGCAUCAAAGAGGUCAUUGCAGGCAUAAUGUAACAAGUGUCAAAACCUAACCUAAACCAGUUUCAAAAAAAAAUUGCUCGUUGAACCAAACAUAACCUAAUCCAAGGCGGCUCGAAAGCUUUGGAAAUUUCAACAAGUGUAUCGCCACAGAGAUCACAAGAUGGCGCUAGUUCAAAGGUCACAUUACGAUUACGAUAACGCCACUUACGUCGAAAUUCAAGAUGAUAUUUCUCUCUGUUUCUUUGCGUAUAUACAUACCUUUUACAUAUUUGCAAAAAGCAUGUGUAUAUAUAUAUAUAUAU